GUUACUUGGCAUUCUGGGACACAAACAGUGGUUGGUAUGAACGGUAUGAAUAUCUCUCACGGCGACAACAGCAGCAGCGUCCACUGUGGAAAGAAGGCGACGAGAGAAACAACACCCAGCUAGCAGAGAAAGGGCAGACAGGUUUUUCAUAUCAGACUUCUGCAUCUUGUUUGUUGCUCUGUUGUCCGGGAGAAGCGGACGUGGAGGCCAGUUAGUCUCUGAAAUGCAACGGUGGACUUUAUCCACGCAGAGAGUUAUUUAGCUAACGACAGGAGUAAGUUGGCCUCACUGUGUUCUAUACUAGUGGGUUAACGUUAGCUAGAUGGCAAUGCUGGUCGAGUCAUAAAAGUUGAUGUCUUUGCACCACUUCGCUUCUAGUCAUCUCACUCCGAAGAAGAAGGAUUGUUUUGUCGCUGUCCUCACAGCUCGUCUCUUUCCUGCCCUGACAGCUGCCUCCAUCCAUUGACUCUAAAUUGUCCUGAGCUAAGAGGGGACAACUCUGAAUAUGGCGAGUGUUUCUGACAGAGACUACAAAACUGGCAUUUUAAAGUCAUUGGCCUGGCACGUUGACCAGCUUGUGUACCCAAGAUAAACAUUGUUUAACUGGACAAUUCGUGUAAUGGCCAAGGAGAGUGGUGGAAAAAAUCUUUUUAUCUCACUACACAGUUGUUCUCAGAGUUGCAUAACAAUGUGUUACCACUGCUGAAACCGUUUUCUUAACAGUUUAUAAGUACUUCUCUGUUGAAGCUCAACAAAUUGAUAUUGCUAGACAUGGAUUUGCGCUGAAUGUGAAGAUUGUCUGGAAAUCUCAAACAUCACAGCUGUCUCCAGGUCGGACGGUUCAUCUGAGCCCUGCUGCUGGUCCCUAAAGCUUAUAUGAGGGCCAACAUGUCAGUGUCGGGGUCCACGACUGUACAUCUUUUCACCAAGCUUGUCAAGCACGCUGUGGGCAAGGCACAGAUCCAGCUGAACCGCUGGCUGCAGAGGACUGCCACAGAUGAUUGUGACAAAGUUGACAUCCUGAUAUGCAGCGCCUUUGACGAGACUGGGGUUGGCAUAGCGAGGUCAGACGGAGACCCUGAGGUUAUCGGUGCCACAGGGGGAAUGACCUUCAGCACCAGUGGAGAGUUCAGACAUCCGUGCUGUAUUACCACCUUUUGCUUCAAGAGCGCCCUGCUGGCGUGCAUCCUGACUGCUGUGUGCUUCUCCUCGGUUGCCCUCGUGCGCCAAUACCUCAAGGACCUUCUGCUCUGGGUGGAGAGCCUGGACAGCCUCGUUGGAGCCUUGCUGUUUAUAGUUGGUUUGAUUAUCGUGUCGUUCCCGUGCGGAUGGGGAUAUAUUGUUCUUAAUGUGGCAGCUGGCUACCUCUAUGGCUUUGUGCUGGGCAUGGGACUAGUUAUGGUGGGAGUUUUAAUAGGGACCUUUGUGGCACACCUGGUGUGCAAACGACUAUUGACUGACUGGGUGCUGAACAAGAUAGGGAACAGUGAACAGCUCAGUGCUGUCAUACGAGUUGUGGAAGGAGGAAGUGGACUCAAAGUUGUGGCCUUAGCGAGACUCACCCCCAUACCUUUUGGGCUCCAAAAUGCAGUUUUCUCGAUCACAGACGUGUCCUUGCCAAACUACCUGGUGGCCUCCUCUGUGGGCCUGCUGCCCACUCAGCUCCUCAACUCCUACCUGGGCACCACGCUUCGCACCAUGGAGGACGUCAUCGCCGAGCAGAGCGUCAGCGGCUACUUUGUGUUCAGCCUGCAGAUUGUCAUCAGCAUCGGCCUGAUGUUCUACGUUGUGCACCGCGCUCAGGUAGAGCUCAACGCAGCCAUCGCAGCCUGCCAGAUGGAGCUCAAGUCCUCACACAUGAACGGCUCCUCCACCAAUCACAGCGGCUUCACCUACUGCAGCAAGAGGGCGACGGCUGGCGGUGGAAACUGCGUUAAUGUGGUGUGAACCGCAAAUCAUCACUCGAGGCAGAAGCUCUCAUGACUUGGUCACCGUAUUAUAAGACUGCAGAGCUUUGGGGGAACCCGGCCGAUUUUAGACGGUGUCUGAAACAUGUUGGUGGCGUGAUAUUUAAUUUUCAACAUUAUAUUCUGACCCACCUGUGCAAGGAAACCCUGAAAGCGUGUCUUUAAUCUGUACGGUGUUUUAAAAGGUGCUGAUGGAAAUGGUUUUACGGUACAUUAUCUUGGGAGAUUUUUUAAAUUCUUUUCAUUACGGUACUUCUUAACAUUUACUCUGUUGCAGGAGAUGUUAAUGACAUGAUGUUUUGAAAUUUCAGAGUUGGCUGAGUAAGAUUAAUAUUAAAAAAUAAGCUAGGCAUUAAUGGCCUGCUAACACUAUGAAUGUGCAAUCUGGAGCUUUCUAGAAAACCAAGGAACUGUUUUUCCAUUUCAAUGUCUAAAGAAUGCCAACCUAUGCACCUUUGUUUCAUACAAUGUCUGUUUUUAUUUUAAAAGAUUUCAUGAUUUGUCUACAUCCAGUGCAAAUAAUAAGGGCAUUAUUCAUAUUUUUGAAACAUUUGGCUGUUUAGUCCAGUGCAUUUAAUUUUUUUUUUCAAGUGUCUUAUUUUUGGACUUUUGAGAGAGGGGGAAAGCUCUUGCUCAGCAUUACUGGCCUCUCCCGACUGUGUGAUUUCUGCUGGCUUACGGCCACAUUAUCUGGAUUGGCCUUGUCUGCCUGGAGAUCAUUUAUUGCGCUUCUGCGGUUUUGAUAAGAGCAGCUGGAGAGGAGAGCAGAUUUCACAGCAGGAAACUCAGGAAUGUUUCUGCCAGGAAAGUUGAAGUGCGGCGUGAUCUCGGUAGCACAGGCACAUGUUCUGCUACAGAAAGAUUCCCACACGGAACUGAAACUGAGAUGCUUUGUUUUACUUUUUUGUUUGGCUGUGAGAUUAUCCAUUCAGAUUAUUAUAGUUUUUGCUUAAGAUCAUAAUUUUGACAAUUCUGUGCAAUAUGAAGAACGGUGACAAAAUGGCAUGAAUGUCAUAUUUCAGUGCUGAAACCAAACUAAUCAGAAAUGCUCUCACGUGUACAAAAUAACAGCUACGUCUGUUUUUAUUUAAGGUUUUACGUACAUUAUAGACAAGUAAGUUAGAUGAGCUAAAGAGGCUGAUAUUUUUUUAUAUCAUAAUUUGGUAAAGCUUAUCAGACGCCUAACACUGACCCCACCUGUUCUGAGGAUACAUGUGACUUAUGACUUACUUCAUUUUAUUACUUAAAGCUGGGGUAGGCAACGUUGCACAAACCAGCAAGAGACAGCUAGACUGUGAAAGUAUCCAACCUCCCUCCAAAGCCAUUACACCCCAAUGGGUGCACAGGCAGAGUGUGUGCAGGUUGGUAUGUAGACAUUUUAUUUGGACUGAAUGAAAAUUAAAUAAUUGGCCAUGCUUGUUAUAGUCCUGCGACAGCCACAGAUACUGGAUUUAUUUUACAUUUUUGUGUCAGCACAUUAUUGAUUGCUGUCGCGAUGUAAAGAGAAUUUCAAUGAAUAUAACAAAAAAUGCUUCUGAAAUAAAUUGCCUACCUCUGCUUUAAUGUUGCUGUCAGUUCUAGACAUAAUCUAUCUAAUAAUACAACAACAAUGUUCUCAUGCUGUUUGUUCCUUUGCACUGUCCACUACAACAGACAAAACAUUAUUUUCAUACAGAUAAGUUUGGGGUUUGGUUGGUCAGAAGUUGAAACUGAUGUGUCUCAGAAGCCGACAAUCAAACACAAAAUGGACACUAAUUCAUGAAUGUGACGAUACUUUAUUAUUUUUACAUGAAUUAUUGUGAUGCUGCUCCUCAGACAAAGUCUGAUUGAGGAAUAAUAAGGGCUCUUAUAUGAAAAAAUCCAUCUUUAUGUCCCUCUAUUUGUUCACAAAAGCCUGAUUUGUAAUGUUGGCACACAUUUUUAUUUUUCAUUUUAAUUUUUCUACUAUUUUUUUCUCGUCGAAGUCAGAAUAAAUGUUCGCACAAACACAUUCCAUGCUGUCAGACCUCUGAGAAGCUGUAGAGUUAUUUUCAUGCUAAAUGUUGGUUGAAAGGGCCCCUUCCUGUCUGAAUUUAGCAAUAAAGUCCUACCAAUAAGAUCUUUAGCCAAGUGUUGGGAAUAGCUGUUUACUUCCACUGUUAAAGAUCUGAUGGGAAACAUUAAUUUUCCAUUGACAAGUGAACACAAACUGCAUUCGCGUUGUUAGUUGAUCCAUGUUCCACUGUAAGGAUGAGUAUCAGUGUUUCCAGGUUUGUGUUACAGUGUUAAACCUGUGUGUUCUCCCUCUGCCUGUUGAUGGACAUUUUUCUGCGCUGCCUGUAGUGGAGAAGAGAUACACAAACAUCUGCAAUCAGAACAGCUUGUUCGGCACCUUCUUUGGAGAGUCCUUAAAUCCUACUGAUCAGUUAUUGGCGUUUAGCGAUCAGUCUCUCGCUCCUGUCACAUAAAAAAAUGCUGGAUCCAACCCAGACAGUGUUCCAGUUCCUUACUUGAAUUGGAAGUUUACACAGAGAGAGAGAGAGAGAGAGGGGAUCACAUUUUUAUGGCUGCGGGAUUUAAAAAAUCUGCUCACUGCUCUUCACUUUCUCACUUCUUAAAAGUGGGGAGAUGAGUUUUUCUCACAUCCUGAUGAGAAAAUGUUGUAAAUAGACAAGUGUUUUCACCUGACAGCAAGUGUCCCUACCCUCCAAACAAAGUGUGAUUCGAUGAAGCUGUUCUGCUUAAAUGUGGAAGAGAUGUGGAACGUCAUACCAUGUUUAACGCAAAAAUCAAACAAAUGAAACUUGAUCGGCCUUCGUGGACACUUAAUAAUAUUUUAGUCUCUCAACUGGGAUUUUGUAAACUUGAGAUUGUGGAAAAAUGAGCAGUUUUACAGUAAAGGCUUUGGUUCGUCCUUGGUGGGCUCUACUUUACUUAGAUAUAGUUAUGCAACAACUGAUUCCUAAGGGAAGUAUAUUUCAUAGACACCCACACAAGACCUGAAUCUGAGACGUAAUUGCACACGUGAACUGUUCUAUUGUACAGUGUGAUACCAUUAACUUAAAGGGUCAAGUUGAGGGUCUCGUUUGGUGCUAUGAAAUGCAAUACUUCCCAUCUGUAUCAAGUGCAUUACACAUAUGCUGUAUUUUGUAAUACAGAAUUUUACAGUGUAUAAAUAAUGUAUUUAUCACUGUAUGAUGCUUGUCCAAUUUUAUUUAUGAGAGAGAAUAAAACCUGUCUGAAUUUGUUACAAAA